AUGGAUCUUCUUCGUCUGUUGUUGUCCGUAGUCCCCUUCCUUUAUCCUCUACUCCUCCUGUGCAAGCUGAUAGAUAAGAGGAGGCACCAGCAGUGUUACCUCCUCGACUAUGCAUGCUUCAAGGGUCCCGAUGACCAGAAGCUAUCCACGGAGCUGUGCGGUGACAUAGUACAAAGGAACAAGGGUCUGGGGAUUCCCGAGCUGAGGUUCCUUCUAAAGGCUGUUGUCAACUCCGGCAUCGGGGAGGAGACGUACGGCCCGAGGAGCGUCAUCGGUGGAAAGGAGAACUGCGCCUCCCUCUCAGAUGGGCUCUCGGAGAUGGACGACAGCUUCUUCUACACCCUCGACGAGCUCUUCCGCCGGACGGGCUUCUCACCCGCUGAUGUCACCGCGUUGGUCGUCAACGUCUCCAUGCUGUCGCCCUCCCCUUCCCUCUCCGCCAGGAUAAUCAACCGCUACAAGAUGAGGGACAACAUCAAGGUCUUCAACCUCUCAGGGAUGGGGUGCAGCGCUAGCCUGGUAUCUAUCGAUCUGGUGAAAAAUCUCUUCAAAAGCCACCCAAGAUCGCUGGCAGUAGUGGUCACCUCUGAGUCGAUCGGGCCCAACUGGUAUUCCGGCUGCGAGAAGUCGAUGUUGCUGGGUAACUGCCUCUUCCGCGCAGGAGGAUGCUCCAUGCUGUUGACAAAUGACCCGCGGCUCCGGCACCGGGUGAAGCUCCGCCUGCGGUGCCUCGUCCGCACCCACCACGGCGCCAACGACGAGAGCUACAACUGCUGCCUACAGAAGGAGGACAACAGCGGCUACCCGGGGUUCUACCUCGGGAAGGAGCUCCCCAAGGCCGCCACCAGGGCCUUCUUCGAGAACCUCCGCAACCUGGCCCCCAGGGUGCUCCCUUUGAGCCAGAUCCUCCACUACAUAGCCUUGAGCCAGUGGCAGCGGCUGAGGGGCUCCCCUAAGGGGGUUCCCAGCGACAGCCCCGCGCGGAUCAACUUCAGAACUGAAGUUGAGCACUUCUGCAUCCACCCAGGCGGCGCGGCGGUCAUUGACGCCGUGGGGAAGGGGCUCGGGCUGGAGAAGAGCGACCUCGAGCCGUCUCGUAUGACCCUUCACCGAUUCGGGAACACCUCGGCCAGCAGUCUGUGGUACGUGCUGGGCUACAUGGAAGCGAAGAGAAAGUUGAAGAAGAAGGAUAGGGUGCUCAUGAUCAGCUUCGGGGCAGGAUUCAAGUGUAACAGCUGCGUUUGGGAGGUGCAGAGGAACCUCGCCGACGCCGAUGUCUGGGCAGACUGCAUCGACAGUUACCCUCCCGAGAGAGUGACCAACCCCUUCAUCAAGCAGUUCGGGUGGGUCAACAACUCCGAUGAGUGA